GCCCUGGCAGAUCCGUGCAGCAGGGGCUAGGGGGAUCUCCUCUGGCACGUACAGGUUAACCCCGCUGUAAGGUGGCCGCGUUUGGCUGCCUGGCGGUGCCCGGAAGCCCUGAAAGGGGCCGUGCCGCGUGCGCUAUGCAGCCCGCAGGAGGGGGUGUGCGCUGCUCAGCCACCCACUCACCCCGCCAGCCUGAGCUGUGCAGCGCGCCUGGCUCCCGCGGCACACGGCUGGGCGGCCGCAGCGGUGCUCCGGGGAGCCGGGGAAGGGGCUGGCUCUGCCUCCUCUCGCUCAUCUCUGCGCUCCGGAGCGGCCAGCCAGUGGCCUGAGCCGGCGCCGCGCUGCAGCCCUCGGCUCUUGCAGUGGAGACGGGAGAGAGGAGGCGCCCCGGGGCCGGCGGAGGAGCAGCAGCCGAGGAGCCGUCGCCCCGCUCCCCGGCAGCCGGCGGCAUGAACCCCUGCGAUGCCAAGGAGUACCUGGCCCGGAGGGAGAUCCCGCAGCUCUUCGAGAGUCUGUUGAAUGGAUUAGUGUGUUACAAACCUGAUGACCCAAUAGAAUAUUUGGAAGGCUGUUUACAAAAAGUGAAGGAACUGGGAGGGUCAGAAAAAGUGAAAUGGGACACAUUUGUUAGUCAAGAAAAGAGGACAUUACCCCCGCUCAAUGGAGGACAAUCAAGAAGAUCCUUUUUCAGGAAUGUGAUGCCUGACAAUCCUAACUUUCCUUAUCGACGAUAUGACCGACUCCCUCCAAUCCACCAGUUCUCCAUAGAAAGUGACACAGAUCUUUCUGAAACUGCUGAGCUAAUUGAGGAAUAUGAUGUAUUUGAUCCUACAAGACCUCGACCAAAAAUCAUCCUUGUCUUAGGUGGCCCAGGAAGUGGGAAGGGAACCCAAAGUUUGAAAAUAGCAGAACGUUACGGAUUUGAAUAUAUAUCAGUUGGUGAAUUGUUAAGGAAGAAGAUCCACAAUACGAGCAGCAAUAGAAAAUGGAGUCUAAUUGCUAAAAUAAUUACUACGGGCGAACUGGCCCCUCAGGAAACAACCAUAACUGAGAUAAAGCAGAGAUUAAUGCAGAUUCCUGAUGAAGAAGGUAUAGUUAUUGAUGGAUUUCCAAGAGAUGUUGCACAGGCACUCUCCUUUGAGGACCAAAUCUGCACUCCAGAUUUGGUGGUGUUUCUGGCCUGUUCCAAUCAGCGGCUGAAAGAAAGGUUAUUGAAACGUGCUGAACAGCAAGGGAGACCUGAUGAUAACCUCAAAGCCACUCAAAGACGACUAAUUAAUUUCAAGCAGAAUGCUGUUCCACUGGUCAAAUAUUUCCAGGAAAAGGGGCUAAUCAUCACAUUUGAUGCGGACAGGGACGAAGAGGAAGUUUUCUAUGACAUAAGCAUGGCACUCGACAAUAAGCUAUUUUCUCCCAAAGAGGCAGUGGCAGGGCCAAAUGUACUUGAUCUUAGUCUGAUUAUGGAUUCUGGAGAUAUCGCUGAUACCGAAUUUGACUUUGAAGACCAGGUAGAUGACCCAUCAAAUUUCUCUGGAUAUGAGAAUGCUGGCGAUUUUACAGAAGAUUUAAGGAAAUCUAACAUCAUUUUUGUAGUUGGUGGCCCUGGCUCUGGCAAAGGAACCCAGUGUGAACAAUUAGCACAGAAAUAUGGAUUUACACAUCUGUCCACUGGUGACCUCCUCCGACGUGAAUUAACAUCAUCAUCAGAGAGGAGCAAACUGAUCAAAGACAUCAUGGAAUGUGGCGAACUGGUGCCUGGAGAUAUUGUUUUGGCGCUACUGAAGGAAGCCAUGAUUGCCAGUUUAGGAGACACAAAGGGAUUUCUGAUUGAUGGGUAUCCCUGGGACGUGAAACAAGGAGAAGAAUUUGAAUGCAAGAUUGGGGAGCCAAAACUUGUGCUCUACCUGGACUGCUCCACUGAGACUAUGAGCAGUCGCCUUUUGAAGAGGAGUCAGUGCACUGAUGAUGCCGAAGCUGUUAUGAAACGAAUUGAUACGUACUACCAAGCAACCAAGCCCAUGAUUGCAUAUUAUGAAAAGAAGACACAGUUAUGCAAGAUAAAUGCAGAAGGAACAGCAGAAGAGGUUUUUCUUCAAGUCUGCACAUCAGUCGACAGCUUUCUGAAAAAGGAAGAGGAAGCAUUGUCUCUUUCAGCAGAAGUACAGUAACGGUUUACAUACAAAGUUUCAUCUCAUGUGCACUUGCUGUUCAAAGCAAUAUCUGCUGUCUUGAGAGAUAUCUGGAAUUUGUGCAUGUGGUAUUAAAUGUUAUUUUAAAAUAAAUCUUUUAUUUAUAACCAUACAGUAUGCUAAAUACAAAAUGGUCUCCACACUAAAACCACACUAGUACUGUAUGUUGUUUAUCAAAUUGUUUGCACUUCACAGGUUCAAAGCAGCAUGGUGAACAGCAGCUCCAGUUUAUAUUUCUAGUAUCAUGCAUUUGAAUAUAAUCAUAUGUAUUGCACAAUCAGCAGUCAGUUCCUUCAGCUGCCAUAUAGCAAAGACUUUCAGGAUUGCGCUGUCUGAUUGCAAUGAGGUUAUUUUUUUUUCCUUUCAUUAAUUAACACUGUUCAUUUUUGUGCUAACACUUAGCUUGUUCUUGAUUCAUAGUGUUUGAAAUCUGUUCUCUGCCAUUGUGCUUUAUAAUGGAACAUUCCUGGAAUUAGUAAUGCUAAUUUGUGGAACUGUGGAAGUUGAAUAGACUUAACACUUCCCCAAAACACUGUCAAUGCAUUGCAAAAAUGAACGGAACAUGAAGAAAUUAACAAAUACUGUAGAGGUCUGUCCAUCUGUUGCCAUCGCACAGACAAAACUGCUGUGAAAUCUUUGCUGUGCUGCUAGAGUUUGCUGUAUCUUGUAACAAUUUUCUAAUUGGGCAGGGAUACCUUUGCUCUUUGCUGAAAACAUGAACUACUAAUGUUGGUACAAUUAAAAGUGCAAACAAAUAGUUCUCCGGGCUAAUAAUAGUAGCAUAUUUUACUGUCAAAAAUUAGCAUGUGAAGUUGUUCAACAGCCAUUAUGUAUAAAGAUUAGCAGAUAAUUAAAUCAUACUCUCUAAGUAUUCCAAGUGUAAAUUUCAGUUUUGGAUCCUCAUCUGUUGUCUUCUAGUGGCACUGCCAAACUUUGAAAAUGACAGUCAAGAAGAAGAAAGAAAAAAAGGCAGGGAUUGAUUCCUGCUGCUUGUAUCUUUAACAAUCCACCUUUCCAAAAUAUCUGCACAAAAAUAUGCAAAAUCUCAUAUUUCCAUCUACUCAGCCAAAAUGUUGGGUUUUGGAACAGUGGUAGCCAGAAAACAAACAAACCUUCUUUGACAUUCUUGUGAAGUAAUUCCAUCCUCUUACUAUGCUGUUGCACCAGUCCACAGUUUAAAUUUGCAUGAUUGAUCUUUCUGUCAACAACUGUACUUUCAAUGAGCAUUUAUGGGGCAGAUUUGUAUUUUUAAAGUUAUCUUUCUUGUAAUGAAGACAUAAUACAAAUAAAAAGUAUGGACAAAU